AUGGAGCUGCGCGCCGCGGGGGGCGGCGGGGGCGCGUCGACGUCGCCGUCUUCGGCGUCGCCUUCGCCAUCCGGGCGGCCGGGGGAGGCGCUGUGCCGCGUGUGCGGCGACAAGGCGUCGGGGAAGCACUACGGCGUCCCCAGCUGCGACGGCUGCCGCGGGUUCUUCAAGAGGAGCAUCCGCAGGAACCUGGACUACGUCUGUAAAGAGGCGGGCAGAUGUGUCGUCGAUGUAAGCCGGCGCAACCAAUGUCAGGCAUGCCGCUUCAACAAGUGCCUUCAGGUUAACAUGAAGAAAGACGCGGUGCAGCACGAGCGAGCCCCCCGGCUCGUGUCGCGCCCGCCCCCGCAGCCGCCGCCGCGCCUGGGGCUGGGACUGGGCCUGCCCGUGCACCUGCUGCCGCUGCUGCAGCCGCCCACGCCGCUGGUGGGCGUGUCCCCCGGCUCCAUCUCCGCCGCCCACGGCGUCCACCACGUGCCGCCCCCGGCCCCAGUCUGCCCCUCCACCACCGGCAGCACCUGCGGGGGCGGCGCCAGCAGCAACGAGGACGAGGUCACCAGCUCCGAGGAGGCUGGCCGCCACGACAAAGAGGCCGUGGCAUCGCCUAGCAGGCAACCGCUGGAGUUGUCCAGCCUGACGCUGCUGCCAGCAGAGAGCGUGUACGAGUCGGCCGCCAAGCUGCUCUUCCUGGGAGUCAAGUGGGCACGCGGUGUGCCCUCCUUCCUACAGCUGCCGGCCAUGGACCAGGCGCUGCUUCUGGAGGAGGCCUGGGGCGAGCUGUUCGUGCUGAGCGCCGCGCAGUGGGAGCUGCCUCUGCACGAAGACCUUCUUUAAAACAUGACGCUGUCGCCAGCGCCGCGGCGGCAGUCGCUGGAAGCAGAAGCGUGCCGCCUGCGAGAGACGCUCUCCCGCUGCGCACAGCUGCGGGUCGACCACACCGAAUACGCCUGCCUCAAGGCGCUCGUGCUCUUCAAGCCAGAGUGCCCCGGGCUGUCGGCGCGCGCGCACGUGCAGCUGCUGCAGGACCAGACGCUGGCCAUGCUGCUCGACUACUGCGGGGGCGGCGCGGGUGGCGGCGGCCGCCGCUUCGGACGCCUGCUGCUGCUGCUGCCCGCCGCGCAGGCUCCCACGCGGCACGCCCUCGAGGACCUCUUCUUCCGCAGGACCGUCGGUGACGUCAGUAUCCGUGCCCUGCUCAGAGACAUGCUGGACGAGACGCGCGCCGACCGCCACUAGCCUCGUGCUCUGCCUGCCACCUCGCAGAGGCUGCAGUUCAGGCGGAUAAACUCACCCAGUUGCACCGAGCAGUCCACAGGUGUACUUCUCCUAGACGAACAUCUGGGAUGAGUGAUUCUUAUUUGACUGUACACCAGUGUUCUAAGCCUAUUUUUCUCAUCCAGAUGUUUUCGAAAUGGCGUCUUGUUCGCCUUGCAAUAGCUGCUGUGCAGUGGGAUAAAUUCUCCAAG